AUGGAGCGACUUCCAACAAAAUCUUCUGAAAGACGUUCCACUGUUACAUCUGUCUCCCUUGAUCGUCAGCAAGAACGAAGUGCUGAGCGCCUGUCUCGAGAAUCCUCUGAACGGAGGUUACUUUCUAGGUCUUUGGAACAAGAUCGUCGCCAGGAAUGGCCUAUGGAACGACUUCAAACAAAAUCCUCUGAAAGACGUUCCACUGUUAGAUCUAUCUCCCUUGAUCGUCGACAAGAACGAAGUUCUGAGCGCCUGUCUCGAGAAUUCUCUGAAAGGAGAAUACUUGCUAGGUCUUUGGAACAAGAUCGUCGCCAGGAACGGACUAUGGAACGACUUCCAACAAAAUCCUCUGAAAGACGUUCCACUGUUAGAUCUAUCUCCCUUGAUCGUCGGCAAGAACGAAGUGCUGAGCGCCUGUCUAGAGAAUCCUCUGAACGGAGGUUACUUGCUAGGUCUUUGGAUCAAGAUCGUCGCCAGGAACGGACUAUGGAACGGCUUCCAACAAAAACCUCUGAAAGACGUUCCACUGUUAGAUCUGUCUCCGUUGAUAGUCGGCAAGAACGAAGUGAUGAACGCCUGUCUCGAGAAUCCUCUGAACGGAGGUUACUUACUACGUCUUUGGAACAAGAUCGUUUCCUGGAACGGAAUGUGGAGCGACUUUCUAGGGAUGACUCUGAAAGACGAUCCACUUCUAGAUCUGUCUCCAUGAAUCGUCGACAAGAACGAAGUGCUAAACGUCUGUCUCGAGAAUCCUCUGAAAGGAGGUUACUUGCUAGGUCUUUGGAACAAGAUCGUCGACAGGAACGGACUAUGGAGCGACUUCCAACAAAAUCCUCUGAAAGACGUUCCACUGUUAGAUCUGUCUCCCUUUAUCGUCGGCAUGAACGAAGUGCUGAGCGCCUGUCUCGAGAAUCUUCUGAACGGAGGUUACUUGCUAGGUCUUUGGAACAAGAUCGUCGCCAGGAACGGCCUAUGGAACGACUUCCAACAAAAUCCUCUGAAAGACGUUCCACUGUUAGAUCUAUCUCCCUUGAUCGUCGGCAAGAACGAAGUGCUGAGCGCCUGUCUCGAGAAUCUUCUGAACGGAGGUUACUUGCUAGGUCUUUGGAACAAGAUCGUCGCCAGGAACGGACUAUGGAACGACUUCCAAUGAAAUCCUCUGAAAGACGUUCCAGUGUUAGAUCUGUCUCCCUGGAUCGUCGGCAAGAACGAAGUGCUGAGCGCCUGUCUCGAGAAUUCUCUGAACGGAGGUUACUUGCUAGGUCUUUGGAACAAGAUCGUCGCCUGGAACGGAAUGUGGAAAUACUUUCUAGGGAUGACUCUGGAAGACGAUCCACUUCUAGGUCUGUCUCCCUGGAUCGUCGACAAGAACGAAGUUCUGAGCGCCUGCCUCGAGAAUCCUCUAAAAGGAGAAUACUUGCUAGGUCUUUGGAACAAGAUCGUCGCCAGGAACAGACUAUGGAACGACUUCCAACAAAAUCCUCUGAAACACGUUCCACUGUUAGAUCUAUCUCCCUUGAUCGUCGUCAAGAACGAAGUGCUGAGCGCCUGUCUCGAGAAUCCUCUGAACGGAGGUUACUUGCUAGGUCUUUGGAACAAGAUCGUCGCCAGGAACGGACUAUGGAACGACUUCCAAUGAAAUCCUCUGAAAGACGUUCCACUGUUAGAUCUGUCUCCGUUGAUCGUCGGCAAGAACGAAGUGAUGAGCGCCUGUCUCGAGAAUCCUCUGAACGGAGGUUACUUGCUACGUCUUUGGAACGAGAUCGUCCCCUGGAACGGAACGUGGAGCGACUUUCUAGGGAUGACUCUGAAAGACGAUCCACUUCUAGAUCUGUCUCCCUGAAUCGUCGACAAGAACGACGUGCUAAACGUCUGUAUCGAGAAUCCUCUGAAAGGAGGUUACUUGCUAGGUCUUUGGAACAAGAUCGUCGACAGGAACGGACUAUGGAACGAGUUCCAACAAAAUCCUCUGAAAGACGUUCCACUGCUAGAUCUGUCUCCUUGGAUCGUCGGCAAGAACGAAAUGCUGAACGCCUGUCUCUAGAAUCCUCUGGAAGGAGGUUACUUGCUAGGUCUUUGGAACAAGAUCGGCGCCAGGUACAGACUAUGGAACGACUUCUGACGAAAUCCUCUGAAAGACGUGCCACUGUUAUAUCUGUCUCCAUGGAUCGUCGGCAAGAACGAAGUUCUGAGCGCCUGUCUCGAGAAUCCUCUGAAAGAAGUGUAAUUGCGGCCUCUUUGGCACAAGAUCGUCGCCAGGUACGAAAUAUGGAACGAGUUUCUAGGGGUGCCUCUGAAAGACGGUCUACUGUUAUAUCUGCCUCCCUGGGUCGUCGACAAGAAGGUAGUGCUGAUCGUCUGUCUCGAGAAUCCUCUGAAAGAAGGUUACUUGCUAGGUCUUUGGCACAAGAUCGUCACCAGGUACGGAAUAUGGGACGACUUUCUAUGGGUGCCUCUGAAAAACAAUCGACUUUUAGGUCUGUCUACUUGGACCGUUGGCAUGAACGAAGUGCUGAGUAUCUUUCUCGAGAGUCGUCUGAAAGGAGUCUACUUGUGAGAUCUUUAGAGCUAGAUCUUCGCCAGGUACGAAAAAUGCAACAGCUCUCAAAGGAUACUUCAGAGAGGCUAUCAACUACCAGAUCUGUCUCCCUGGAUAUUCGGCAAGAAAGAAGAGCUGAACAUUUGUCUCGUGAAUCCUCUAGUAGGCAUUCACUUGCCUGGUCUUCAUCGCUGGAUCGUCGCCAAGAGCGUAAUAUUGUGGUACAUGCUGAAGAUUCUUCUAGGAAGCAUCGUUAUCAAUGGACUGCAGUUCGUUUGUCGAGAGACAUCUCACACAAGCGAUCAGUGAUUAAAUCUUACCUAAUCAGUCUUAGUCAGCGGCGGAACGUGGAUCUGCUUCGGAAGCAAUCUCUUGUUAGACUAGCAACGUCUCUGCCUCUUUCAGGAGAUCGACUAAAUCGUCGUCUGCAGAAGGAGCUAACGCUGAGCACUGGACGACGACUCACGAGUUCCUCCUUAUUUAUGGAUCGAAGAACAGAUGCUGCUUCUGUUAUGAGUUAUUUACCAGCUGGUCGACAGAACCAGGCAGGCGACAUUGACGGAUCAGCAGUUUCAGACACCAGGAGUACCGCUGAUAAUACACGGGCAGCCGCCAUAUUCCUACCAAAGACUGAGUCCUUCAGCUGGGGACGCUUACCGCUCGAUAUUAACCUCUGGAUCGCCUCUAUCGUGUUAAUCCUGAUUCAAUGGAUGGACCACUCGCAGAAAGGGGUGCAGAGACACUGGAGUGUGGACGAAUCCGCGAGCGAGGCUUCGUCUGGGAAGAUGAACUGGGACGGAGUUGGCAGGAGCCUGUGGCAGCUGGCCGGGGGCGGCACCGCCUCCGCGCUGUCCGCCGCAUGAGCCGCCCCCGACGCCACCUCUCCACCCCCCGACGCCGCCUCCAGCCUCGCCGCUAGUCGCCGCCAGCCGAGCCGUAGUGCAGACCCCAGCCGACGCUUCUAGGGACCACACUCGUAUACAAAGACGAGAAUAAAUUAUUUUUCUCUCAGGAAAAAAAAACAAAAUAUUUUUAUUUCGAAGAUAAAGUGUCUGUUCACUGAUUUGUAACGUCAGACUUUUAUCGAUCUGUUACUGUGUUAAUCGACAAUGUAUUUUACAGUUCGUUGUAGUGUAGAACCAAGAAACGUAGUUAAUAUUCAGAUUACGAGUAGUUCGUGUAGCGCUAGCUAGAACAUUCCUGUAUAUUCCACCUGUAUACUGCUGUGACAAAUUCUCCUGUACCUGUCAUGUGGUAAAUACAACAUUAAACGGUAUCAUGGAAGCAUAAA